GAACAAAUUGACACGAGCACCUUUAAAGCCUAAAAAACCCUAAACGCAACAAAGAUCAAAAAGAGACGCCGCUCCUCGCUUCUUCAUACACAGUUCCUCCUACAGCUUCAGAGGUGAAAAUGAGUCGUGGUGGUGCAGCAGCAACAAAGGGGAAGAAGAAGGGAGUGUCCUUCACUAUUGAUUGUUCGAAGCCUGUUGAUGACAAGAUCAUGGAGAUUGCUUCUCUAGAGAAGUUUCUUCAGGAGAGGAUUAAGGUUGGUGGUAAAGCUGGUGCUCUUGGUGAUUCUGUUUCCAUCACUCGUGAGAAGAGCAAGAUUACUGUUACUUCUGAUGGUCAAUUCUCCAAGAGAUAUCUCAAGUAUUUGACAAAGAAGUACUUGAAGAAGCAUAACGUGAGGGAUUGGCUCAGAGUGAUUGCGGCGAACAAGGACCGUAACCUCUAUGAGUUGAGGUACUUCAACAUUGCUGAGAACGAAGCAGAGGAAGAGGAUUAAAACCAGUAAAACCGGUUUUAGUCUAGUGCUGUGUUCUGCUCUCCCUGUUGGUUUGGUUUUGAUUCUUCAAUUAUCUUCAGUUUUGUGUUAGAUAUUAUUUAGUUUUGAUUGAAGUAAUACUCUUUUUCAGUUUUGUGUUAGAUAUUAUCUUCAGUUUUGUGUUAGAUAUUAUUAUUUUGUUGUUGCAACACUUGAGAUUUUCUAUGGAGUCCAUUUCUUACAAAAAGUUUUCUCGAUUAA